AUAUAGGGAUACAAAAAUUAGAGAAUGUGGCAAAAACUCAUUUCCUUUGUUCUUUUUACAGAUCGAUGCCCUCUACCCGGCCCUCCUAGUCCUAGAGGAGACCGGGGGUAAAACCGGUUCUUUAACAGCAGCCGGUGAAGCUGCUCUGACCGGCGCGAAGAAAACGGCGACGAUGGUAGCUAGGGCUGGCAGGGCAAGCUAUGUGUCUAGAGAUAAGGUUUCUGAAGAGGACCCAGGAGCAGUUGCUGCAGCAGCUUGGUUUAAUGUUAUUACUAGUAACCUUUAAAGUUGCUCCCAAUCCCUCCUAGAACUGCUCCCAUGUCUCCUAGAGCUGCUCCGAUAUCUCUCAGAGCUGUUCACAUCCCACUCAGAGAUGCUCCCAAUACAUGGCAUUUUUCAAAUUGUACAAAUAUUGCUCUUGUUGGAGAUUUCGACUAUACCACUGUGUUUUUAUCAUUUUCAUAGGUGAUAAUUUUUGUUACGGUUUUAGAUUUAAGUUUUACCAAUUUUGCUAGAUUUUCUAUGACACGACAGAAUUAUACUUGUGAAGAAAAUAGGGAUUUGGUAAGUUUUCCAAAUACCAAGGCAUGAGAAAUUUCCAGGAUACCCAGACAUUUGGGAAAUUUCUAAAAUAUUUAAAAUACACCACCAU